AUGGCGUCCGAAAAGGCCAAGCACAAGCAACCCAGUGAAGCAUUCGUUACCGAUGUCGCGGUAUUCAUUUGCGUGCUAUCAGUCCACAUCAUGUGCAUGGUCGCAGUGUACCUGAGCUCCAGCGCUCUCUCCUGCGGGACCGGCGACUACGGCAAGGAGGUUGCAAUCCUCAUUUUCAGCGGCCUUUUCAUGCUUUUCACCGGCGCACUGAUGAUCGCUGCGUACGCCACCGAAGUCCCGCGUUCAAUGCCGUGGAUGGCCGGCUGCCUCUCCUGGGUGGCCUCCGUCAUCGGGACCUGGCUCUCCGCGCAUGGCUGGGAUCCGACUUUCUGGUUCUGGGCCAUGGUGGGGUUCUGGAUCUCGGUCGGGAUAGAGCUGAUCUUUGGCGGUUGGUAUCAGGUAUGCCGCUUUAUCGCGUGGUUGAUGUCCAAAAAAGAGGAAAAAGAGGUCAAAGAGGUCGAUAUGGUUUGA